UUCCGGCUGGGAUGUGUAGUUCUUCUUCACAUUAGUAUGUAGUGUCGUGUCAGGUUUGUGAUCGUAAUGAUUGAUUGAUGUUCUCAGAUGAGGGGGUUGUUGAAGCUGGCCGCCCGUGCUGUGAGCAGGCCGCUCAGUGGAGGAAGACCCCCCGCGCCGUUAGGAGGAAGAGUCCUCACCGCCCCCGAGGACAUCUUUCAGCAUAACAUGUGGGUGGGCUGUGGUGCAGGGAACAGUGUGUUUCCCAUCAUCAACACCAUCAGGGGCAGUAAGGCGUUUCUGUACUGCUGUGACUUCUCAUCUCAAGCGAUUGAGCUCAUCCAGGAGCACCCAGACUAUGACCCUGCAGUGUGUCACGCAUUUGUGCGGGACAUUUGUGACACGGCGUCCCCAUUUCCCUUCCCCCCCGAGAGUCUGGACAUUAUUCUGGUGGUCUUUGUGCUCUCCGCCAUCCACCCAGCACGGUUGAUUGAUCUACUCUUGUAUAACCGCGCAUGGCCACUUCCUACAGGUCAGUGUUUGUCUGAGAACUUCUAUACGCGCCAGGAUGGAACCUGUGUGUAUUUCUUCACAAAAGAUGAGGUUCAUCAUUUGUUUUCUAAUGCUGGUCUGGAGGAGCUUCAGAAUCUGGAAGACAGGAGACUGCAGGUAAACCGAGGAAAGAAGGUGGUGAUGCACAGAGUGUGGAUGCAGAGCAAAUACAGGAAGCCUUGUCUGAUUUCAGACUGAGCUCUCAAAAGAACUGGGCUAAAGGCCUUAACUUGAACACAAAGUCCUAUCAAGAUUUUAUGUGAUAGACUUCAAGUAUAGCAAAUGAUGGAGAUAUAACAUUACAGAAACGUCAAGAAAGCACUCCAUUUGUAUGUUUCUUUUAACUUCCCAUGUGCCACUAUUUGCCUUUGUUAGGUUUCAAUAAAUUGUAAUGAAUGCAUUGUCUUGUAUUGCAUUAUUAGGUAGUCGAGUGAAUUAACAUUACUGGAGUCUUGAAAGUUAACAGUAGUCACUUUAGUGUUUAAUUAAAGAAACAUGCAUAAUAUUCAGUGCUGGGCAAUCGCGAUUAAUCACAUCCAAAAUAAGUGUUUGUUUACAUAAUGUAUGU